AGUAGGACGGCGACGCCACUGUGAGUCGGUGACCACGGCGCGAGGAGCGCGCUCGCCGCACUGUGACAUGUAGCGCGGCCGCCGCGCCGCAGCCUCGCGACCACUCCGCCGGUGCACCGCCGGUGGCGGCGCGCUGAUGCGCCUGCCGUCCGGCCCGACGCCCGCGCCGCUAACCCUUCCGCAUCCGAGCUACCUGUGUCGCUUUCACUAUUUCACCUGAAGCGAGCCCUUCAACCCGUCUGUAUUGACGACCGUCGUCGGAUGGAACCCGGAGUGCGCCGAUUCGCAUCAAGAAACGGGCAUGAUAAAGGAGUGGGGGGACGCAGACGGCCCGAUGACAUCACACCGCGUUGCAGCGCGCUGCGACAGCCAACUCUUGCGCAAUCGCGCGCCCUUGAUCUUGACUGCGUCGCGGCCGCACGCGUGUGCGCACACAUUUGAAUACUACACUCGCGACUAUAUUUAUCUUCUCGCACGGAGGCGCGAAACUGUAAUCAUAGAAUAUAAACUAUAGCUAAGUACAGCACACACGUUGCAUUGAUGUUUUGUUUAGCUAUAAUUAAAUUUAAGCUUUUUCACCAAUCAGUCAUUAUUAUUAAAAUCUAUUAAAAAGGACCAGUCCCGCUGAUUGAAUUCACAUGGGCAUAUUAUAAGAACAUGAUCAUACAUCAUCAUUUCAGUCCAUCACAAGUUCACAUCUGAACAUGGCCUUCCCCAAGGAAUGCCACAAAGUACGACCCUGAGCUGCAUUCAUCGACUUCGUGCAUCUCUUAGUCAUCACUUCAUCCAGUGGGGGGCAAUCCUUCAGUUCACUUAUUUAAUUUAAAAAUACAUGGACAUUAUAAUUAACUGGCUUUUACCCGUGACUUCAUCCACGUAGAAUUCAAACAAAAAAACCUUACAGUACCUACAGAAAGCUGGUUAUAGUUGUCGACGACACUAAUAAAAUAGUUAAUUGCUAUUUUUAUAUCUAGUUCUGAUUUACCACAUGAUGAGCGGUGAAGGAAAGAAUAUUAAGGAUUCCUGUAUUAUGAAAAUUUAAAAAAAAAAUUUCAAAGACAUGUCAUGCCCCAAAAAGGCAUUGAUGCGGCCCCGCACUUUUCCCUGCUUCAAAAACAGAAAUGUGAGGAGGUCUGUGUAUACUUAAAAUCUUUUAUACUACUAGGUACUACCAUAAAUAUUUAUAGCCAAAUGUAUGAUCUUUAAAUUUAGUAUUUAUGAUUUUUCACAUUAGAACAGAUGUAUUUAUUUGAGAUUCUGAUGUCUGGUAUUAUAGCAGAAGCUUAGGAUAACAUUUUUUUUAAUAACAACAUACAAUAACGAUAAAAAUGAAGUUAUUACUAACAAAAAUAUUUUAAUUGUCCACUUAAUAUGAGAAAAAGUAGUUUAAAUAACACAGAUUCAUGAUUUACUUCUGUAGAUGUGAAUCACAGCGUAGCUUACCUAUUACUCGCACAUUGCAGUUGUUGUGGGCUCACGACUCCUACUCAGUUCUAAUUCGCUUCACAUUAUUUAUGCAGUGUCCAGAUUGCUUUAAAUGUAUUUCCUCAUAUUCAAUGUACAUACAUUACUGCGUACUAUUCUGUAUUCAUAUAAAAUCAAUGCUAUUUCAAACACUAACAGACACCUAGGAAAUUUAUUCCUGCUUAAAAAUAAAACUAAUGAAAAUACAUUUACAUUAAUUUGUAUGUAUAUUAUGUUAGGUCAUUACUUAUGAAAUUGUAAGGUACGUAUGGCAAUACAAAAUGCUGUGUUAAUCCCUAGUAUAAUAGGGAAAGUUGGGUUUGGCAGAAUGAUAAAAUUAACGCAGUAGAAAUGAGGCUAUUAAAAAGUAUGUUAGGGUUAUGCAAGAAGUUUUGAUCUGGAUUUGGAAAGAGAUGCUUCGGUAGUUGGACAUGUAGAAAGAAUGAAUGAAGAAAGAGUGACAAAUCAAAUUUAUGUCGGAGAAGUGAGUGGCCGAGUCGGCAAGGGUCGCCUUAGGCGGAUGUUUAUCGACCAAAUUGGCGACAUAUUGUGAGCCAAAUUGAGAACAUGCUAUUUACAAGCGAGCAUAUAAUAUACGUAGAUAUAUAGAUGUGAAAGAAGCGACAGAAAUUUGUCUGUUGACUUUGCCAAAUUUCAGUCCGUAGUUUCUGCCUACUCCUUUGGGUGACAGGCGUGAGAUUUUAUAAUAUUAUUAUGAAAUAAUAUGAAAUUGUCGUUUUCUAUCCUAGGUAGGUAGUAGCAUCUUACUAUUCUAUCGAUAACGAUAUGGAAUAAUAUGGAAAUUAGACGCCGCCUAGAAAAAAAACAUUUACGAGUGAGAGUCUGGCGGUGAAACAUGGCACAUAUUUAUGAUCCCUUUUUUUGAUUCAUCAUCAUCAUCAUUACAGCCCUUCACAAGUCCACUGCUGAACAUAGGCCUCCCCCAAAGAAUGCCACAAAGCACGGUCCUGAGCCACCUGCAUCCAUCGACUUCCUGCAUGUCUUACCAGGUCGUCACUCCAUCUCCUGGGGGGACGCCCUACACUUCGCCUACCGGUACGAGGCUGCCACUCGAGAACCUUUCUUCCCCAUCGAUUGUCGGUUCUUCGAGCUAUAUGGCCGGCCCACUGCCACUUCAGCUUACUAAUCCGUUGGGCUAUGUCGGUUACUCUGGUUCUACUGCGGAUAUCCUCAUUCCUAAGUUUAUCACGCAGAGAAACUCCGAGCAUAGCCCUCUCCAUAGCUCGCUGAGCAACCUUGAGCUUCCUCAUACGGCCAGCAGUGAAGGACCACGUCUCAGUUCCAUAAGUCAUCACUGGCAACACGCACUGGUUGUACAAUUUUGUUUUCAGAUUUUGAGGUAUGUCUGACGAGAAGAUGUGUCGUAGCUUCCCGAACGCUGCCCAGCCGAGUUGAAUCCGUCGAUUGACCUCUCGGUCGAAGUUGGACUUACCUAGUCGGACUAUUUGUCCCAGGUAAACAUACUCGUCAACAACUUCGAGCUUAGUGCUCCCAACAACUACCGGCAUAGGUGUGACAUGGACAUUGAACAUGAUCUUUGUUUUGUCCAUGUUCAUCUUAAGACCUAUCCGUUGGGAAACACUAUCGAGGUCAUUGAGCAUAGUGCUUAGGUCCUCCAGCGAUUCUGCCAUAAGGACUAUAUCGUCGGCAAAUCGAAGGUGAGUGAUGUACUCGCCAUUGAUGUUGAUACCGUAUCCUUUCCAGUCCAGAAGCUUGAAAACGUCUUCCAAUGCAGCGGUGAAGAGUUUCGGGGAUAUGACGUCACCCUGUCUUACACCUCUCUGCAAUUGGAUAGGUUUCGUACUCUGGUUCUGUACUCGGAUAGCCAUCGUAGCCCUACUGUACAAGCACUUCAACACUUCGAUAUACCGAUAGUCAACUUGGCACCGCUGAAGGGAUUGCAGCACCGCCCAAAUUUCGACGGAAUCAAAGGCUUUCUCAUAGUCCACAUACGCCAGACAUAGUGGCAAAUUGUACUCUUCGGACUUCUGUACAAUUUGCCGAAGGGUAUGUAUGUGGUCUAUGGUGCUAAAGCCCUUUUGGAAACCGGCUUGUUCGACUACGAAAUGUCGCCUUGUUGUAAAAAGUUCGGGUUGUUGUAAAAAGCGACUAAAGAAUCUAGCACCACUACAACGUAGCGCCUCUUGCAACAAAUGUGCCCGACUUUUUUAAUUAAGAAAAAUGUGUUCGUUCUAGCCGCUUACCCGCCAUAAUAUUCCCCUGACCAUGCAAAUUUUGCCUAUUUCCAAAAAUUUAAAGGCAACAUAUUUGACAGCAAAACGAUGUGUUUUCGACGGGCUGCUUAUAAUUUCAAAAAUUUGAGGUGUCUACAGAAAACAUAACUACAGUCUACACAAAAAGUGUACUCGUAAUCUAUACGUUCUCGAGGAAAAUACGACCAAUAUUUGAAUACGUGGUAGAGCCAUGCUGCAGCUAUAUUAUGGUUGUAGCACGAAUGGGUCGGCUCGACCGUGGAAGGACCACGCUCUCACAGAAUACCAGCGUCAAAUAGCAGCUUAACGUUGCUGUGUUUCAUAUGGUGAGUGUAGAGAACCGGAGACCCUUUUACUGGAAACGAGGCAUUCCAUCUUAGUCCUCACGGGUGACAACAACAUUUUCAUUCGUAAUCGAAGAUAGGUGUAGAUGUCUAUGGGCCACAGCAACCACUUGCCAUCAUGUGGACUGUGUGCUCGUUUGUCACCCUUAUCCUAUC